GUCGUAAUCAAGGUGUCUUUGAAAGCAGUUUUCGUCUUAGUUUGUCAAACAUCAUUAGUGCUGUGUCUUGCUCAUGUGAUUAGUAUAGCUGGAGCAAGAACUGAUUGGAAAAAUGAAACUAGUAAUUUCUGUGCUGCUCUCUUUAAUCGUCUCCAUACAAAUUUUUUCUUCACAAACAACUGACAGUAACAACACAAGCCACGAUUACAUCGUUCAGCUCAAAUAUCAAGUAUCGGAAGCUAAACUACCCACCUAUGUAGUGAACCUCAUCUAUGACAGCUCCAAUAACGUAUCAAUCCCACCUAAAGAUGUUCUUGAUCUAUUCAAAGCCAACAGCCUCACUAUCAAUUCGACUCUACAAAUUCUCACUUCACUAAAUAUAUCGUCUAGCGUUGUUUUCAGUACAGACGGAUUAAACAAAACCAUUGAAUUUUUAAAUAUUACAUUUACAGAUUUUUAUAAUAACGUUAGGUCUGGAUUAAAUAUAUCUGGAUCUUCUAUUAGACCAGCCUUGGAAGCUCUGGGAAUUGAUGCAAAUGCUUUUUCAGAUGCCAUAGCCUACGAAACUGAAGACCCGUGGACUCUGUUUGAAAAAGGAAAUUUUACUAAAGAGAAUGUUGAAAGUGCUUGCAACUUAACUGGUAUCACAAUCGAUGAUCUAUUUAGCUACAUUAGAAACCUUGUUUAUGACAACGUGAUAUUAACAACAAACCUUACGAACCUACUUCAACGAUAUUCUAUUAGCAAGCAGGAAGCCCUGACUAUCUGGAAUGCGCAUGGAAUCUCUUCGGCAGAUGUAAACAAUGCAAUAUUGUUUAAAACUUUAAUAGAUGACGUUACCACUAAGCUAAAUAGCAGCGUUGCUUUAGGAAUAUUUACACAACUCCAAGAAGUUUUCGUAUCCGUGAACAAAAAGAGCUACAACUUCUUUAAAUCAGCUUUGGAUUUAGUUAUAGUUCAAGCCGACUCAGUAAAUACUAACAAUUCUUAUACGCUUAUCAGUAGUAGUAUUAAUGAUACUGCUUAUGAUAACAUCGUUCUUCUACAGCGUAGUGAAUUGUCUCCUAAUGAUAACGGUACAAUUCCGACCAUAGAAGUGGGAUAUAGCAACCAAACUCUAUUAAACUGUAGCUACGUGACUCUACAAAAUAACAGUAUUUUUUCUGUUAAUGUACCAGAAGCAGUUUAUAACAACGAUACAUAUGAAAUUUCAUCUAAUGUUACCAAUAGUGUUAUCGAAGGUAGUGCGCUUAUUUGCAAUGCUACUGUGUAUGGACUUGCCAGAGAAGCUGCCAACGAUACGAUAAUAAUCGACUUGUUCAAAGUAGCUGUUCAAGAAGAAAAUAACGACGCUAGUUCCGUAAAAAUAUCUUUAAUUAGUUUGACCGUAAUUUCAGUAUUAAUCCGUCUAUUUUAAGUUCAAAAUUAAAAGAAAAAAUAAAAGUUUCAUGUUAAUUCAUAUCAUUAAUAUUUGCAGAAUAUUGUAUUGUUCUAUUAUCAUCCGUUGUACAGUAUUUACAAAUUUAUUUAUUUAAUUGUAUUCUUUAUGGUGUAACUAUACAUAUCUAUAAUAAAUUUCUAAGAUUAAUUUGUAUAUAGUAGAGACGGUAUAAUUGUGUCAAAUCAAGGAAGAUACUUAUCUACAAGAAAUAAAAUAUUUUAUUUUUC